UCAACUUUGGACAGUUUUGACAUGUGGGUGAACUUCUGUGAUUCGGAAGCAGCGUGAGUUGGCCGGCUUAUGGUUGAAGUGACAACUUGUGCAAUCGUAUGUAGCUAGAGUUGGUAAACAUUUAAUUAAUCGCAACUGCCCUAUAGAAUCGAGGUAGGACUAAAGAGUGUCCGUAACGGUAUUUGUCUUCUCUAUAAGUGUAAGUUAUCGCUAUGGUUGUUAGGCAGUACAAUGAAGAGCUUAAGUAUUUGGAGAAGAUUUCGCCUAGUUGUUGGAAAAUUAAGAAAGGUUUCCAACCAAACAUGAAUGUUGAAGGCGUGUUCUAUGUUAAUAAUCACCUGGAAAAAUUGAUGUUCGAUGAGCUUCGCAAUGCAUGUCGGCCUGGCAUGGUUGGAGGCUUUCUACCAGGUGUAAAACAAAUAGCGAAUGUGGCUGCCUUGCCGGGUAUUGUAGGAAGAUCAGUUGGCCUUCCGGAUGUGCAUUCCGGCUAUGGUUUUGCGAUAGGUAACAUGGCAGCUUUUGAUAUGGGUGAUCCAAAAUCAGUCGUGUCUCCAGGAGGAGUGGGUUUCGAUAUAAACUGUGGUGUGAGGCUCUUGAGGACGAAUCUUCAUGAAAGGGAUGUUCAGCCUGUUAAAGAGCAGUUAGCUCAGAGCAUGUUCGAUCAUAUUCCUGUUGGUGUUGGUUCAAAGGGAAUAAUCCCUAUGAAUGCAAGAGAUAUGGAAGAGGCACUGGAAAUGGGAAUGGAUUGGUCACUUCGUGAAGGUUAUGUAUGGGCUGAAGAUAAAGAACACUGUGAGGAGUACGGCCGCAUGUUGAAUGCUGAUCCAAGUAAAGUCAGCAUGAGAGCAAAGAAGAGAGGACUGCCUCAGCUAGGUACCUUGGGAGCAGGGAAUCACUAUGCUGAGAUACAGGUAGUUGAUGAGAUCUACGAUAAAUGGGCUGCCAGUAAAAUGGGAAUAGAAAUGAAAGGACAGAUAUGUGUCAUGAUCCAUUCAGGAAGCAGAGGCUUUGGGCAUCAGGUUGCUACAGAUGCAUUGGUUGCCAUGGAAAGAGCUAUGAAACGUGAUAACAUUGAGACCAAUGACAGACAGCUAGCGUGUGCACAUAUUAUGUCCCCAGAGGGUCAGGAUUACCUCAAAGCUAUGGCUGCAGCUGCAAAUUUUGCGUGGGUCAACAGGAGCUCAAUGACAUUUCUCAGUCGGCAGGCUUUUGCUAAACAAUUCCGGAUGACACCUGAUGACCUAGAUAUGCAUGUAAUUUAUGAUGUUUCCCACAACAUUGCUAAAGUUGAGGAACAUUAUAUUGAUGGUAAACAGAAGACACUGCUGGUACACAGGAAGGGCUCAACUCGGGCUUUCCCUCCCCACCAUCCACUAAUUCCUGUGGAUUAUCAGUUGACAGGACAACCAGUGUUGAUUGGAGGUACCAUGGGGACCUGCAGUUAUGUUUUAACUGGAACUGAACAGGGUAUGCGAGAAACCUUUGGCUCAACCUGCCAUGGUGCAGGUAGAGCCCUUUCUCGGGCGAAGUCACGACGUAACUUGGACUACCAAGAUGUCCUCAAUAAACUAGAAGAAAUGGGUAUCUCAAUUAGAGUUGCUUCUCCAAAAUUGGUUAUGGAAGAGGCACCUGAAUCAUACAAGAAUGUGACUGAUGUUGUUGAUACAUGCCAUGAAGCAGGUAUUAGCAAGAAGUGUAUCAAAUUACGACCAAUUGCUGUUAUUAAAGGCUGACCGCAUGCCAGUUUUUCAAAAAAAGUGUCUGAAUACAGUAAAGUAUGUGUUACUGCAUUUAAAAUGCCGCAUUUCAGUAUGUGUGAUUGAAUGUAAAACAUCAUCUGUGAUGAAGAUGCAAGAAUUGUUUUGAACUUUAAGUUAUUCUGUACUUACCCACUGAUAAAUUGAAGUGUUAACCAAAUUGAAAAUUUUAUUUUCUUAUCCCACUAACUAUAUUUUGUAAACUAUUGAUAUCUGAGUUUUCAGUCUUUUACCUUCUGAUUUCUUAAAUGUAAAAUAAAAUCCUCAUGUAAGGUUUUUUUUUCCACUACAAAUGCUGUUGCAGAAGACUUCCUAACAAAGUUUCAUAGUUAAAGACAAAAAAGGUUAGGCUUUCACUAAAAUGAAAAGCCAUGCUACUUACUGGUGUUUAAAAUGUUGGUAAGUGUCCUCGUCAAGACUGUACUAGUUAACAGACCUUGAGAAAAUCUAGGACGUUAAAGAAGAAAGAUAUUUCUUUGUUAUUAUGUUACAAUACAUAUCACAAUGCUCCCAACUGUGUAGUGUGGAAGAAUGUUGUAGAUCUCACUGUGAAAUGUAAGACACUUCUUGACGUUUCAAGUUUCACACAAUAGGGACUUAAAUUUACGGUGCCAUAAAUGGUACAGCUAAUGUGAUUGCUUUGUUCCUUGCUUACUGUCUGGCCACUUCAUCAGUGCAGUGAAUUUGUAUAGGCAUGUUCUUGUGCCUUUAUGGGAUUAUUUAGAACCUAAUAUCCAGAAAACUGUAAUAAAAUGUAAUGAUUUGCAAAAAAAUUGAAAAAUAAUAAUGUAGUGGUAAAAAAUA